GUUGGCGGUGGAAAUCAGGCAGAGACCCGGAAGUAGAGGAGAAUCCAAACACAGCGGCGCUAAAAUGGAGCUAGAACCGAGGCAGAGUUCCCGGGAUAAAGACCCGGACUCGGAGCACCGAGUCCGGCUGACAUCCAAGCGGAGAGCCACCGAGCUGCUGGAUAAAGGCUCCGAGGUUCUGCGGAGCGCUUUGGACGGACAGCCGGAGCUUCCGGAGGAGAGCAGGCGGGCUGCGCUGCAGCAGCUGCGGGCGAACUUUGAAGCUGCGGUCAAGCUGAACGUGUUGGUGGACGGACAGCCGUGGGACGACGCUCCGGACCUACAAGACGAAGAGGAUCUGGAUCUGGAAAGCCUUCUGGACGACACCAUCCUGGAGACCACCAAGAGGCGGCGCCUCUACCCCAGAAGGAUCCUUCCUCAUGUGGUUCAGGCCCUGAAGGCCGAACGGAAAAUCCUGGGCUUUUAUAAAACCUCCAUCCAACCUGAAGACAUCCAGAGAGAUCCGGAUCAAGAGAGCCUGAGGAGGCACCUGUCCGCUGCAGCUCCUGCCAUGGUCAGACAGGCCUUCCAGGUGAUGAAGUCCAUCAACACUCUGCAGAAGCAGGCUGAAGGUCUCUGCCAGGUCCUCAACAUGAAGCCCAGCUCCACCUCCCUGCAGAUCAACGGGGAGGUUCUGGGCUCCUCCUGCCAGGCCGGCGCUCUGCCUCCAGCAGGAGGCGCCACGAGGAGCAGGCGGCCCCUGAAGAGGGCCAUGAGGGAAGCUGCGGUGGCUGAGGGCUACUGGCCCAGAACCACAGAACCAGAAGGCAGUGUGGGAGAAGAUGAAGCGGAGGAACGCUUCCUGUCCUGAAGGCCACAGAACCACAGCCAGCAGGGGGCGCUGCAGGCAGACGGAACCCAGCAGAGUCCUUCAUUUGAUGGACAGGAGGAAGGUUUCUAUGAGCUCCUCUGGUUCCUCCUCGCAGGUUCUGGUUCAGGUCUGCUGGGAUCCUCCUCCUCUGUGGACAGAUCCUCCUCUCCAGGGAUCAGAACAGCUGCAGUCAGAGGAAAGGAGGUGAAAUAAAACUGUUCAGAUUCAUUGUUGGACGAGAUUCUAUUUUAAUGGUUUUAAUUUAUGGCUCAGUUUUAGUUUUCUCUGGUUUAGGCCAAUAUCCCAUAUUAUUGCUAUUACCCACAAUCCUUUGCUGUAUUACUCUCAAAUGACCCCCCCCCUCCCUGUAAUAAACAUGUAUUGUUA